GGCCGCCAUCGAACGCUCAACAACGCUGUGAGCUUCAUGGACCCCGUGCUGCGCCGGCGCGGCUGGUGACGGCGGAGAAUGUGACCGGUGUGGCGACCCUGCGCACGCAGGGUGAGCUGCGCAUCACUGGGUCCAUCGAAAUGAUCUCGCUCCGCUUCGAUGCCGGGACUUUGGUCUUCGACGAUGCCCAAGUGGAAGCCUGGCAUGAAGAUCAUCCAGAAGAAGUGAUCGAACUGGGCGGCGCGUUUUCGAGCAGAGGGCCAUUCACUUUGACCAAUUCCAAUCUGACCGUUCGGGACACCUCGGCGGUGAAGGGUGGCGGCCUCGCAGCGGUGGGGGACCUGACAUUGGCCAAUUCAACCCUUCGGGUGCUGCGUGCUUCAGCGACAGACUCUGGCGGUGGCUUCUACGGUGCAGCAGCGUUGAGGCUUCAACUGGAUUCUACAGUCUUCAUGGAGAACAUGUCAGCCGACUGGGGCGCUGGUUUCUACGCGGAGGGAGAUGUCAAUGUUUCAGAGAACUCGUCGAUCUUCCUGCGGAAUGCCACAGCUACGACAGUUGGUGGUGGCUUCAUGGCAAUUGGAGCAGUGACCUUAGCGGCUAGCAGAGUCGAAUUGAGAGGUACCACAGCCGUUUCUGGAGGUGCUGGAGGCCUUUACGUACAGGGACUCAUGCAGGUGAUCAACGGCUCCACCAUCAGCAUUCGGCAUGCCAGAACUGCAGGCUUGGGGGGAGGUGUCUUUGCCUCCAGUGACAUGGUGAUUGCAGGGAUGUCGAAUCUGAGCAUGUCCAAUGUGUCCGCACUUCAAGGUGGAGGCUUCCACGUGAUGGGAAGGUUGCAGGUGAUCAACAGCUCCACGCUCAGCAUUCAGAAUGCCAGAGCUGGAAACUCUGGUGGGGGAUUUUUUGCCCAACAAGAUGUUAACAUUACAGGGAUGUCUAAGGUAAAGAUUUCAGACAGCCAGGCGGUCUCCGGACAUGGUGGAGGCUUUGAGGCUGCAACAGGUUUGCAGUUGACGGAGGGAUCGGCAAUUUUCAUUGAGAACGCAACAGCCGGAAGAAAAGGAGGAGCUGCAUUUUCAGAAGGCAACGUUGUGAUCAAUAGCUCAAACGUCAGCAUUCAGUAUGCCAACGCUGGUAGGAAAGGUGGUGGUUUUCAUUUUCGCGGCCUGACAAUAUACCGUGGUUUCAUGAGCAUCAGCAAUUCCACAGCCGAUCUGAGCAGUGGAGGUCUCGUGGAGGACCGAGCACUUCUUACAUCUCAGUCCCAGUUGGUGGUACGUCACAUCGAAGGGAGUGACAGCUUUGCAGUGUUGACAGCAGGCUGCUUGCACAUCCUCUCUCGGUCCACCUUUCUCAUGGAAAAUGUCAAAGGAAGCCAUGCAGUGGAGCUGCAGAACAGUGGCUGCAAGUGCUCAGACAUAACUCUUCAAGUGGAAAGGGGUGCAGCUUUGGACACAACAGGUCACUGUCCCUUGAGCUUAGGGCUUUUGUCCGUCCAAGCCUGCGACCGUGAGGAAAAGGUGCACCUCUUUGGUAUCCACCUCCAGUCAUGGUCAGGUCGAUUGCUCACACUCAGAUCCUCGGUUAAGACCAAACACGUGGUGAUAGACGACGUUAGCAUCCACUACCAGCCGCCGCUCAACACCACGCUCAUCUCCACCCCUGAGGCUGACGUCAAAGUCGACUCUUUGGUCGCUACCUGUCCAGAUUGCCCGCAGGGUAUCACAUUGAACACGACGAAUCACAUGCUGCAAGCCUUAAGCCCAACAGAUCGGCAGUGCCCCAGCAAAGUCACAGUGUCGAAUGGCACAACCUCGCCUUGUGAUUGUCCCACCCACCAGAUCACAAAGGAAGACUUCCUUGGAAACGAUUCUGUGGCUUUGAAAGACCUUUUUGCAACCUGUCGGUUCUGUGACCCCCACUCAUACUAUGACAAUGGCACUUGUCGCAAGUGCGGAGGCCUUCGAGCUUGGUCUGAUGGAAAGUCUGACAAAUGCAAUUUUUGGCCGCUCGAGAAGAGGGAGCUAGCAUGCUUGUUGACGGGUGGAGCAAUCAUGGUGUUUUUGGCCUUUGUUCUCUUUGAGAUAUUGAUAUCUCCUCUGGUGGUUGUGGAUGCAACUUCAGACCCUUUGGAGAUAGCCGGCGAGAAGGUGUUUACCAUCACCACGCAAGGUCCCAUUGUGGGUCUUCCCACAUACCUUUCUCGCAUUGUGCACUGGCUAGUUUCAUAUCGCGUAGAAGGCACAAGUUUGCAGUGGUUGGACUUUGACAAGAAAUCCAAUAAUACAGUGAAGGUUCGCAGCAUUGGGCAUGGAAAACUUCAGCUUCAGGAUGUCUAUGUGCCCUUUCAUUGUGCUGCGUGCAAGGGUGUCAUGCAUGCCACCAAGAUUUUCCCAUUGUUCGCUGUACUCACCGCAUUUAUAUCAGUGGUUGUGCUAGUGCCUGUCACCGGAGUGGUUGCAGCGAUAUCGAAGAAUGGCUUUGGACAUGUUCUUGCCGCUUUUGUUUGCACAACAUGCUUUGAACAUGUUUUGAACAUUUUAGCGACCGCUUAUAUAAUUGAAAUGUGUUUUUGCAAUGUUAGAUUUAGCUGCUGCUGGCUGAUUUGCUAUAGGAUGAGCUUUGUCAAGGUUACUGCUGCUUUGUAUUUUCUCCUUCCAAUGGUACUUGCUGCCGUGGUGCUUCACUUGCCGGUGGCGUAUCUUAUUGGCUGGUUCUAUCGCAGGACACCAUUCUCGGCGGCUUUGAACGAAUACCAGAAGGAUAUCAAAUGCAAACCACAAUUGGGCCGGGACGCCACUCAUCCUCGCAAUCAGGGCUUGAUGGCCCUUACCUUGCAGGAUUUGGGGAAACACUUCGAACGCUUCAUCCUUGAGCGGAACAUGCACUUUGUCGUCGCCAACAUCGUAAGGCCUUUGACGUGCGACAAACAGGUGUCCUUUGUGACGCUGUGGGGUGGCAGGCAAGUGGACUACUUUGUGUCGCACUCCUGGGGGACGAGCUUCUCGCACUUUGUGCGCUCCAUCCGGAGUCAUGCCAUGUCCAAGGGAGGACAGACAUGGACCGAUGCCGCCUAUUGGAUUUGCUCCUUUGCCA